AGGUGAAUUAGUCUCUUGAUUUUACCAGCAGAGUGACAUCAUGGCGACUGCACCAUCAGUUGAAGAUGAACAUCAGCCCCGAAAGCGCAGGGGGAGCUUUCAAUUUCUGCCGCCUGACAUGACAGAAGAUCUGAAACCACUGAAGCAGAGCAGCAGCUAUGAAUGGCUGCCACCUGAUAUGUCUGAGCUGAGGGUUGUUCUGCUGGGGAACAGCUGGUCUCAGAGGAGUUCAGUGGGGAACGUCAUACUGGGAGAGACUAAGUUCAACACUGAAGAAGAACCAGACUGCUGUCUGACAGAAAGAGGACAGAUAAAGGACAAAGAAAUAGUUCUCAUCAACACUCCAGAUCUGCUGCAUCUCAACAUCUCUGAAGACAAACUGUCAGAACAUGUAGAAGACUGUGUGAGACUCUCUGAUCCUGGACCUCAUGUGUUCCUGAUGGUUCUACAGCCUGAAGACUUCACUGAGGAACACAAACUGAGACUCUGCAGAGUCCUGAAACUCUUCAGUGAUCAAUCAUUUGAUCAUUCAUUGAUACUGAUUUCAACACCCAGAGAGGAGAGCUCAGGUUUCAUGGAAAAAUAUUUGCAAAAUCCACUGUUAGGCGACAUGAUCAGAAAAUGUAGAUCCAGUUUGUUGUGGCACCAAAACCUUGGACAUCAACAGUUGCUAACACUCAUGGACGAAAUGGUAAAGGAGAACAAUGGAGAGCAUGUGAGCUGUGAUGUUUUCAAAGAUGCAGCAUCUGAAUUACCUGGUGGUCAUCAGAGCUCGAAACAAGGGGAAGGAGAUCAUUUCAACUUGGAUCCUGUUCAAGGUACCACAGAGUGCAGGAGCUCAAAGAUCAUCGCUCCCCCAGAGAGGAAGUACUCCGUCUGGAUCGGCGGCUCCAUCCUGGCCUCCCUCUCCACCUUCCAGCAGAUGUGGAUCAGCAAGCAGGAGUAUGAAGAAUCCGGCCCCUCCAUCGUCCACCGCAAGUGCUUCUAG